AUGAGCGAGGCAAUGCAAGAGAGUGGCGGCCAGAAAAGACCAGGAGUCACCUCAGCAUGCACAGCUUGCUAUCAGAAGAAGAUUCGGUGCGAUUUGGCAAGCGGGAAGUCUUCCUGCUCCAAUUGUGUGCUCUAUAGCGUUGAAUGCCGACCCCGAUUGCGAAAGAGAAGACGCGUCAUCGGUGAAAAUCGAGAUGAUAUCAACGUGAUGCAACAAAGCCAGACAUCGCCAACUGUUAGCACUUCAUUCUCGCCAGGCUCGAACCAAAAUCAUUGUCAAAGCUCGGCAGAACAGUCUCACACCGCACUGGCUGAAUGUUUGCUUGGUAUGGCGAGAGACGAGACGUCAAUGUCGACAGGCAGGCAAAAUACUGACCUUCAAACUCAUACUGUGAAUAUGGCCCGGGAAUAUGACGAUCCGGCUGAAGAGGAUGUGCAAUCAACACCGAUGAGUUUAGUUCAUGAUGGAAGGGCCCUCUAUUUCUCCGCAAUCGAAGGUCGUAAUCAAGAGUCUACAAAAGCGUAUCCGGAAGGAGAUGGCACAUCGCCAUCAGACAUCGCCCUUCUGGAAGCAAGCAACGCCUUUGAUUUCCCCUCGCGUGCAAUCAAAACGUUCCUCAUUGAUAGCUUUUUCAAGUACUGCUACCCUUGGGUACCGGUUGUGGAGAGGAAAUGGCUGGAAUCCUCUUCCUCGGAACAACCCCCAUCGCCUUUACUUGUCCAAGCCGUUCUUCUUGCCGGGAGUCGUGUCACAUCAAUGGGGUCUGUAUCAAGCAAAGACCUUUACUUGAAAGCAAAGGCGCUCUUUCACUCCAAUCAAGAGAAGAAUCCAAUUGUUCUCAUUAUAGCAUGUCUCUUGCUUCAGUGGUGGAAUCCAGCUGGCCCAGAGCGGAUAUCACUGGAUAGCAGCGUGUUCUGGCAAAGAACCGGCGUUGGAAUAGCAACACAGAUUGGUUUACACAGGGAAACGUCAACCCAGAAAAACAAGACUUUUCGGCGCCGGCUAUGGUGGUCUCUGGCUGCCAGAGAUUUCCAAAUUUCAGCUGCACACGGCCGGCCCAAGGCCAUUCAAACAGAAGAGUCCACAGUACCACCUCUUACUAUAGAGGACUUUCGACAGGGCGAUCCACAUGCAUCAUGCUCAGUCAACUACGUCUCCAUUAGCGAAAUCUUUUGCAGGAUAGGAGAGUGCCAUAGCCGUGGGUUGAUUACCGAUAGUAUGUGGCUUCAUUUCAGGAAUGAUUUAUACUUCUGGAUACGAGAGUUGCCGUCGGAGUUGAGACUAUUUCAUCAAAACCCACAGCAAGGACUAAAGGAGUACGGCCUGCUCAGUCGCCAGCUUCACAUUAUGUAUUUUGUGGUACUGAUCAUCCUAUUUCGAAAACCAACGAUGUCAAAUGGACCGCCGCCAAUCGAGACUCACUCCACCUCGGGAUUGAUCGUUGCAGCCUCCUUUAUAGCAGGUAUUUUCGAAGAACUCCUAAUCCGUGAUGAAAUUCUCAACCUGGGGCCCGCCAUCUAUAAAUUCUUUCUUCUCACGGCGGGUGUGGUGCUUCUUGAAGCCUCGAAGCUCCGAGUUCUCCCUGACAAUGAUGUUGCAGAAGACUUUGACAUCAUUAAACGAUCAUUGAGACGUUUUGCAGACCGCUACCCCUCGGCCCUGGCCACGCUUCAUAUUCUGGAAGUCCUGGAGCAGUCGCAAGAACGGCAGGAUGUUUCGGUAAAUACAUUUAGAUCGGAACGGAACGUUCUCCCAUUAUUUAGAGAGUUCGGGCCCGGACUUUGCCGAGCGUGGCCUCUCUUGGAAGCAGGAACCAAGUCUCAUUCAACAUGGGCUCACACCCCAAACUUAGGUACAGGCUCUAUGCAGCUUUCUUCCUUUGCGGGAAAUACUGCGGAGGUCACUGAGAGCCGUAACUACAUUGAUGACACAAUGGCAACACUCUGGUCAGAAAUGAAUGACCCUUUGUCUUGGAUAUUGGAUAGUUCAAUUUUCUCCGGUUAG